UUAUUUUUGUUUUUCGUUACAUAAGAGAUCGAAAACUUCUAUAAUUCCCAAUUUCUGAUUUUGUUUUACUCUUCAGUUUAAUCAAAAUCGGGGGAAAAAGAAAGCCAGGCAAGCUCUCCCUCUCUGAUUUCGUGAUUUGGGUUCAUCAUAUUCGUGAUCUUGGGAGAUGAUUCAACAUUCGUUUCUAUUGUGUGUGUGUGUAGAAUUUCGAUUUUAAUUUAAGCGCCAUGGCUAAUAGUUCUUUCAAAUUGGAACACCCACUAGAGACGAGACAAGCCGAGGCUUCUCGCAUCAGAGAGAAGUACCCAGACAGAAUCCCAGUGAUUGUCGAGAAGGCUGAGAAAACCGAUGUCCCGGUUAUCGACAAGAAAAAGUACCUUGUGCCGGUGGAUUUAACAGUGGGGCAGUUUGUGUAUGUUGUCCGCAAAAGAAUCAAACUGAGUGCUGAAAAGGCUAUCUUUGUCUUUGUUAAGAACACAUUACCUCCAACUGCUGCAAUGAUGUCUGCAAUCUAUGAGGAGAACAAAGAUGAAGAUGGGUUUCUCUACUUGACCUACAGUGGAGAGAGCACCUUUGGUUUGGCUUAGAGACUCUAUUCUUGAGAAUCAUGUGUAUAUAUUGCUUUUUGCUUUUUAUGACUAAAAGUAUGUUAUUGUGCUUUCGACUGAUGAAAUGUAAAUGUUACAACCUUUUUAAAAUUUGGGUUCUAUCCUCUGGACUUC